AUGAAAAGAAGUGCUUCUUCUCUUGUCUUUGAUCCAACUCAUGUCACUCAGCUCUCUUGGACUCCUAGGGUCUUUUUGUACAAGGGAUUUCUCUCAGAUGAAGAAUGUGAUCAUUUUGUCAAGUUGGCGAAAGGAAAGCUUGAGAAGUCAAUGGUGGCAGAUAAUGAAUCAGGUGAGAGUGUAGAAAGUGAAGUACGCACAAGUUCUGGAAUGUUUCUGUCCAAAAGACAGGAUGAGAUAGUAGCUAAUGUUGAGGACAGACUUUCUGCGUGGACCUUUCUUCCCGAGGAAAAUGGGGAAUCCAUGCAAAUACUGCACUAUGAGAAUGGUCAAAAAUAUGAACCGCAUUUUGACUACUUUCACGACCAGGCAAAUCUACAGCUCGGUGGUCAUCGGAUCGCCACUGUAUUGAUGUACUUGUCCAAUGUCGAAAAGGGCGGAGAAACAAUAUUUCCCAUGUGGAAGGGUGCAACAACUCAACUGAAAGACGAUAGCUGGAGCGAAUGUGCAAAACAAGGUUAUGCAGUGAAACCAAGGAAAGGGGACGCACUACUUUUCUUCAAUCUUCAUCAUAAUGCAACAACAGAUCCGAGCAGCUUACAUGGAAGCUGUCCAGUGAUUGAGGGAGAGAAAUGGUCAGCAACAAGAUGGAUUCAUGUUAGGUCAUUCGACAAAUCGUUUAAUAGGAAAACUGGGUGUGUGGACGAGAACGAGCACUGCACAAAAUGGGCAAAGGCAGGGGAAUGCGAGAAGAAUCCAACAUACAUGGUGGGGUCAGAAGCAGACCAUGGAUAUUGCAGAAAGAGCUGCAAAGCUUGCUCAUCUUAA